UCCAUAUUCGGUUCGUGGUCAACCCUCGGACCCCGGACGCAACUGCGAUGUAAAAUCCUGUUAAUUAGGACAGUCAGGCUAUAUUAACUAGCCAAGUAUCCUCCUGAGUUGUUCGUCUCGAGGGAAGGCAAGAUGGCUGGCCUUGCGGCGCCGAUGAGCAUCAUGAAGAGGAAGGAUGUUGAGGUGGUGGUCAACAGCCAUGGGUUCUCCGUCUUUCUUGAUCCUAAGAGGAUCAAGCUUCAGGAUGGCAUGAUUCUGGACAAGAUGGAAGAGGAUGAGCCACUAGCAAUUGCUCCAACUGCUACUGCGCCAACCAUUGUCUAUGGCAAGGUGGACACUGUAUCCGGGGUCAAAUCUUCAGACCCACAGUCUAUGUUCAGGCGAGAUGAGAACAUCGCCGUGGCGGCGCCAAUGGAAGUUGAGGCGGAUGCCCGGCAGCACCAGCCGUGCCAGAAUGAUCCCUUCUUUUCAGGUUUCUUCUGAGUGUCACUCUACUGAAUACUGGCGCUAUAGCAUGUGGCCAGCAUAAAGCAAGUCAGUUGGCGUUUGCUUCUUGUUGCAGUCUAAUGCUAAUCUUCACAACCUAGACCAGUAAAUGUUGAUCUAAAUUAGUUGAUGUAACUAUUUAACGGUUAAGAGUGCCAAAUUCAUCUGCAUAUUUGAUUGUGAACCAUGAUCCUUCCGAAGGUA